AUGCCCUCAGACGAGUACAGCUCCGUAGCUCGCGGCCCCUUGAAACUCAAAGGCGCCGCGGGCGUGACCAAAAAGAGGAAAAAAAAGGACAAGACUACCGACCUUGAAAAGAACCUCUCCACCAGCGGGGACAAGCCGAUCGAUUCAACAAAGGACAUACCGGACCGCUCCCCAGGAGAAGACAGCGCCGACAAGCCGACGACGUCCGACCGCAACGACUUCGAACACCGGGAGAAGACAGCCGCCCAAAAAGAAGAAGAGGCAGAGGCGUUGAAGACGGAAACAGAACGGCGGUUUGCCGAGGCCAAGCGGAAGAGGUUAAAAGAACUCGCCGAAUCGGGCCGUAUCCGGCCGGAGCUUCUCAAAACGCACAAGCAGCGCGUUGAGGAGCUGAACGCACACCUUGCGCGGCUGAGCGAGCACCAUGACAUGCCCAAGAUCGGCCCGGGCUAA